AUGGAUCAGUUCAGACCUGCUGGUCAAACUAAAGUGCAAGGAAUUGCACAGGCAGUGGAAGCCGGGACAGACUUUACACUUUCUGAAGAACGUCAGUCAGAAGUACGAUGGAUUAAUCUCUUUUCUCCUCUAUCUGAUCUCUUCACUACUGCCUUUGACCUCUGGGAGUAUAUUAAGGGACUCUGUGAACCUGAACUAGAAGAAAAGGAGUACUACCCAAAGGACAUGCACUGCAUCUUUGUUGGUGCACAGAGCCUGUUCCUCAACAGUCUUAUUCAGGAUACCUGCGCUGAUAUAGCAGUUCUGGAAAUAGGAUUGCUCAGUAUUAAGGGGGGUGCAGAAGCUGUUGUUAUGGCUCAAAGUCAUGUUCAGCAGUUGGUGAAGCUUUUUGAGAAUAAUGAAAGUUUUUUAAGUGACAAUGAAUCAGAGAUUAAAAAGCAAUUCAGACAAUUUGUGGAAGCACAUGCAGAUAAAUAUACAAUGGAUUUAUUGAUUUUGCCUAGCUCACUAAAAAGAGAACUCCUAGCUCUCACACAAACUGAAUGUUCUGAAGUGGAGAGCACUAUCAUAGAUCUCACAGGUUCUGAAAGCCCAACAGAGCUUUUACCAAACAAAGCCUCCAAAGUAAUUGCUACAAACAGAGAUGGAAGAGCAGGUGGUGAGGAAGCAAGAAACAGUGCUGGGACACCUGUAACUGAGCUUACAAAGCAAAUGGACACUGUGUUUUCCGAUGCUCCUGAAACAAGUUUUGUUCCCAUAAACAUUAUGCCUCUGUUAGAGGCAGUGGUGCCUAAAGAAAGGCAGUCAUGUAAAAGAAGAUCUUCUGAUGAUGAGGAAAGGCUCCCUAAAAAGCAAUUCUCUUUGGAAAAUGACCAGGAAGUGAAAUCUGCUUCACACAGUAAUCCUUCAGACACCAAUGCGGUUACUGAUCUGCUUUCAGGUAGCUGCAGUGAAUCAGAUGAUCCCAGUUAUUGCCUUAAAGAAGGUGAUGAUAUCAGUGAGGAAAUGGAAUAUACAAUUCUUGUGAACUUUUUCAGAACAAUGGGAUAUUCCCAAAAUAUUGUAGAAAAAGUUAUUGGUAUCCUAGGACAAUCUGUGGAACCAUUAACAUUGCUAGAAGAAAUUGAAAAGGAAAAUUUAAGAUUUCAAAAAGAACAUGAACAGUCAUCUCAAAAGCCAAGAACUAUUAAUCCUCGUUUAGGAAGUAAUGCAAAUAAUUCACCAAAGCUAGAAGACAAAAACAUUUCUAAGAAUAAAAGUCUGCUUAAAUCCAGUCAUACUUCAAAGGAGACAAAAAAUGAAAAUCACAAAAAAAGAGAUUCACCAAGCACACAAGUUGAUGCAGAAGAUAAAAUGCAUAUAUUCAUACGCAAACCUGCUUCUCCUUCCAGUAAAAAUUCAGCUGUAUGCUAUGAACAAAGAGAGAUUUAUUGCCGUGGUAAGAAUCAGAGUUCGAGGUCAAAUGAUACAGAAACUGAUGGUGUUGUAACUUCCAGCACUAGACAAGCUGGAGCCCUAAAAGAUGUUGAUUUUGUAGCCAGAGGGAGCUCAGAGGUGCAGCGUAUCUCAACUAAGACUAAAACUGCAGUUCAGCAAAAAUCUGUGAGGCCCUCAACUGUACAGAACAGUCAUCCUGAUUUUGAGGACCAAUUAGGACACUGCAGCUCUUCUCAAGUGAGUUCUCUCAACCAACACCUUUCCCAAACCUCAAAUUCUGAAAAUCCUAUCCCAGAUCCGGUAUUGUCUUCACAAAUACAUCCUUCAAAUUCUGAUAGAGAGACAGUGGGACCACACAGACAUCAUCCCGAUCCUUCAGUUACUGGAGUUCAAAGAUUUUUGGAAUCUCUGAAAAAGCCGUACAGACUGGAGUUGAAAAAUGAACCUGGGAAACCAUAUUUAAAACAUAUCAUUAUUGAUGGAAGCAACGUUGCAAUUUCUCAUGGUCUAAGGAAAUUUUUCUCCUGUCGAGGAAUUGCAAUAGCUGUUGACUACUUUUGGAAACGUGGCCACAGAAAUAUUACUGUAUUCGUUCCACAGUGGAGAACAAAACGCGAUCCUAACAUUACAGAGCAGGAUUUCUUAACACAACUCCAAGAUGUUGGAAUAUUGUCUUUAACCCCUGCAAGGAUGGUUUUAGGAGCAAGGAUUGCUGCUCAUGACGACAGGUUUUUAUUACACCUUGCUGAUAAAACUGGUGGUGUUAUUGUGACUAAUGAUAACUUCAGAGAAUUUGUGACAGAAUCACUUGCCUGGAGAGAAAUUAUUCAAAAAAGGUUGCUCCAAUACACUUUUGCUGGUGACAUAUUUAUGGUUCCUGAUGAUCCAUUGGGAAGAAAUGGACCUAGAUUAGAUGACUUCCUUCGAAGUGAAAGCUGUUCUAGAGAUUUUCGGUCAGCACAAAAGACUUUACAGAGCAGUGGACAAUAUUCUUCUGAGACACCUUUCUUCGUGCCAGUCCCCAAACCAGCCAGUAGCAGUCGACAGCCUAAAAACAAAGUACAUGGUGAUCGUUCGUCAACAUGGCUUCCACUGGAAACAAACAUACAGGCUUGUCUAGCAAUUCCACCACAGAGAUCUGCCUCAGAAACAGUACAGCUAAGAGAAGCCCUGAUAAAAAUUUUUCCUGAUUAUGAGCAAAGACAGAAGAUUGAUCAAAUAUUAGCUGAUCAUCCUUUCAUGAGAGAUCUUAAUGCACUGUCUGCCAUGGUGCUUGACUGAAUAUUAUACAGGAGUUUUAUAUCACAACUGAUCUGACUAACUUUGAAUAUCAAUGUGAAGAAACAUGUUGCUCUGUUAUGUUACUUUGUGAAUAUUCAGAACCUAAUUUUAUUUGUAUAAACAAAGACUUUUUUGUGUAUGUUCUAUUGCUAAUAGAUGCCAGUUUUUGGUAAAUUAAAAACUGCUGCUACUACAGAUUUGUAGUAAUAUUUUCUAUGAAAAAAAUCUUCUGCUUCACUUGAAUUGCUUAUUAAAGCAGUAGCAGUUCUAAAGAACUGUUAUCACUUUAAAUAAUGUUAGCACUUUUUAAAAAACCCUUUCCUCAGAAGAGAAAAAUCAUGUCAGAGGCUUAAAAGUGACUCUUACAGCUUCAGAUGUAUUUUCCAGAUGCACGCAUAACAUACUAUAACAUAAGCCAUGCACUUGUCAGAUAUCAUUGGUGGUGUUUGUAUCUAAAGUAUAAAUAUUCUUAGAAAACCUAUGCUGUAGUAGUACCUCCUUUGCUUAUGAACUUUGAAAUAUUUCUCCAAGGAAAUAAAACAAACCCUUUUAAUAUUUUCAGAUGCAAAGACUUUAAGUAGUGUAUAUGUGAACCUGCUUUCCUUAAGCCUGCAUUGUGGAUUUUGGAAAUAGGUAAUACUCCUAAGGGUUUAUGGACAGCAGUUUGAAGAUCCCUGUAUGGGAGCAGUGGAUGUUCGGUGUAUUGUUGAAGUAUCAUCACAAGAUGGCGUUACGCACCCGUUGCUUUAUAAUGAUCAACAGGAAGGCUUCUGACAUUCCGAAGUACUUGCUUUUAUAUAAAGAAAGAUUAAAUGCAAGACAGAUAACAGUAACUGUAAGAGUGUUAUGGAGAAAAUUGUAUAUUAUGUGAAUAACUUGUGGAUACUAAGCAGCCUUCUGGUAUUACAGGCAGCUAAGAAACUUUGUAUAUAUAGAUAAAAUCUUAGUGCCCAUGGAACAAAAACCAAGAAAAUCCAUUUGCCUGUUCAUCCAGGUUGAGAGACACUAUGCUAGAGUAGUUAGGAGAGGGAAGGUUUCAAUUAGAGAGUGUAAAUUCAGAACUCUCCUCAACAGAAGAUACUUGUAAUGCUUUGAAAGAUCUGUGAUGCCUACAUUGUUUUUUAAAUUGGAAAUUCUUCUAACUGUCAGUACUCCUUCAGAAUAAUUUUCGUAUCUUUAACAAUCUGUGCUGUUACCUGUUUGCCCUGCCUGUUCUCAGUUUGAAUGCCAUGAUAAGCUAUUAACAGAAUGUGAUGCUGUUUAUAUAGAAAUGGCAUGCUGUCUUGUGCGGAGCUAAUAUGCUGCAGUUAGCAGCUCCGCCCCUUUAAAUCUGUUCUGGGAUCUAUCCCAAAAGUAACAUGGAAAAAAAGGAACAUAAUUUAUGAAAGCUGACCAAUAGGACCAUUUUCAAGAGCAGGAGGAAGGUGAAGAUUAGUGUGUGUCUGUGUCUCUGUAUACACUUAAGUCUGUUACACCUUCCUUUUAACUAGUUUCUUUCGCGAAGUGUUCUCAUUAUUAAAAUAAAAUUAGACUAUAAAGAAAAUGUAGGCUACAGAGCCCACGUUAAACUUCUGACAUACUGAGCCUUACCCUAAAGCA